AUGCCCAACCUAUUAUUUUCAAAGAUUCGGAUCUAUGAAUUGAAGGAUAUACCGCAAAAUAGAACACAGAGAAGAAGGAUCGAUAUCCUUCUAAGCAGAAAAAGACAGAAAAAAGACAUCCAGUGUAUUCUGGCACAAAAGAUAAAUGAUGAGUCCUUUUCUACAAAAAUCAAUCCAGAGGACAAUAGAAGAAUUCAGCCAACUCUUGAGACCUUGUUGAAGGACGAAAGGGGCCUUGCAGCCUUCCGAGCUUUCCUGCGGUCCGAAUUCAGUGAGGAGAAUAUUGAAUUUUGGCUAGCAUGCAGAGACUACAGAAAGACCACCUCACCGGCUGACCUGUCCUGGAAAGCAACAGAGAUCUACCAGGAGUUCGUCCAUCCCCAGGCCCAGAGAGAGAUCAACGUUGACCACCACAUCCACGAGAAGAUCAACAGGUCCAUGAAAGCUCCUGCUCUGUGCUGCUUUGACGAGGCAGUGAGACACGUGUACAAACUGAUGGAGAGCGACUCGUACUCCAGGUUUCUCAGGUCAGAUGCCUACCUGGGGCUCAGACGCACCAGGACCUUCUGGUAG